UAGCUCAGAUGCACUAGUCUCGAAGCCCAGACUGAAGAGACGGCUCAGUAGGCUACUUGGUUAAAACCGAAAGCGACAUAAACAGCUGUCACAGAAAUGUCUGGGUUUGGGAACAAGUUGAGUGGAUAUACAAUGACCCAGUUGAAUGAACUACUCGAAGACGAUGACAAGCUCAAUAAGAUUGUUGGAGACAUGGAGGAGGUCCAGAACGUCCAGCAGAGCAAAGAGAUCACCCUGGCCGGCAACCGCAGCCUGGCCGAGCAGAACCUCCAGCUCCAGCCUCAGUUAGACUUCCAGAAGAACGAGCUGACCAAACGCUACCGGUGUCUCCAGGAGCUGUACGAGGCCUACCAACUCCGCAAGUCCACGCUAGAUGAUCUGUCUGGGAACAGCUCUUUAGACACAUUGCUUGCGCUGCUACAGGCAGAAGGAGCCAAGAUCGAAGAGGAAACGGAGAACAUGGCUGAUUCGUUUUUGGACGGGAACAUUGCUUUGGAUGGAUUCAUCGACGAGUAUCGGAACAAAAGAAAGCUAGCCCAUUUGCGGAGGGUGAAGAUCGAUAAGCUCCACGAGCUGGUGCUGAAGGGACCGUCGAUGCCCCUGCCCCCAGUCCCAACCUCUCGUCCCCCGGAGUUGCCGGCUAAAUCCUCCCCCUUGCACAAGGAGCCCAGCUCCAGCAACACCAGCUCCCCAGUGCCCCAUCCCAGACGAGCCCCUCCACCUCCACCCGUCAGGACUCCGCCUGUACCCCCCACCACAGCCGCCCAACCUGCCCCGGUGUUCUCCUACCCUACCUCUUCCUACCCUACCCCCUCCUACCCACCCGUCCCCCCCAGAGUGGGCCAGUCUGUGCCCAACUUUAAUCAGGGUUACCCCCAACACGCCUUCAUGCCCCAGUACCCGCCUGCACUUCCCCAGAGGCCCCCGCCUCGCAUGGUCCCACAGCCUGGCUUCAUCAUCCAGUGAAGAUGCAGCAGCAGGGUGUUUGCUGGGAAAGAGGAUACGUGCACAUAUGGACUUACACGCUGGCACCUUGUUUUUUUCCCGUUUGAGGUCUGUAGUGUCUAAACCUCUGCACAUAUCGCUGCAUAUCCAGACUGCGAAUAGAGUCUGCUGACAUUGAAUGGUAUGGACAAUGCAUAAGACAGACAGAAGAGAAAAUAACGGCACAAAUUUGCACUUGCAGCUUGUGUAUUCCCUUUCCCCAGUAAAUUCAAACUUGUUUGUUGUUACUAUGAAAAGAAGUUAGUCUCUGGGAUAGGGCUGGGCGAUAUAUCGAUAUUUUAGAUAUAUCGAUAUUUUUAAAAAUGAGAUAUGGAAUUAGACCAUAUCGUAUAUACCGAUAUAGUUCAAAUUUGCGGUUUGAUUGCUCCAGGCAAGCCGCUGGCCGGAGCUCUAUGCGCUGCUCCCCGCACCCGCGCCCGCCCCUCCUCUUUCUGACACAGAGCGGGGUUGCACACAGCACCUAAGUUGUGUCCCUUAAGUAUCAACCAUAAGGCUUAUGUGAGGAAUUUAUUUAAGGGUGUUGCACAAAAUGUCUUAAAUGGUAUCCUUAGGUAAGGAAAUUCGUUAAGUUAUUUAGAUUUUCAUUUGCAUUGAAAGGGAUUUUCUGGCACGACAAAUUCCAGUUCCCACGGAGAUUGUUCGUUUGCUAAUAUGUGCAUGCUUUUCUGAGGGUGAAAUGCGGGGCUGACUGUCCAAAAUAAUAUCAAGAUGUGAGCACAUAUUGUCUAUAAAAUGGUAUAGCGAAUAACACGACAAAUCUGACUAUAAACUUUGACCAGUUUGACGGGUGACGCAGCCAAACACUGCGCACCUUAGAACAGUGACGUUAAUUUCACGAUGUUAUACUGUACAUCUAAUGUACCUAUCAGUAGCUAAUGUUAGCGAUAAAUAACUCAACAGGUACGUUCAACAUAUGUAACUAACUAGCUUGCUAAUAAGUUAUGCAAUUAGAAAGCAAUCCACCAAACACAAUAGCCUAAAGCUUAAUGAUCUAUAAUCUUACCGUGAUAAUUUUCGGUGACAUUUAUCCAUUCAUCAAGUAAAUCCUGAGACAUGAAUUGAAGUAUACUAGCUAGCUAGUUAGAUAUUAUCCUCUGGCUGUCAUCCAAAGAGCAAGACCAUUUGUGCACCAAAAAAAAUUUGUUACAUGUUGCCUGGUGAACCAAACCAAAGCUCAUAGGCUAUCAGUUAGGACGACUUGAGCAAGCUAUGUUACCACUAGGCCUAAAUAAACGACAUAACUUCUGAUAGGCCUAUUUGAUUGAAGAGUAAUAUUAGCAGAAGAUUUAUUUAUUUUCAAUUGUUAAAAGUGGUUAAUUAACUACAUUUAUCAGCAUUGACUCAGAUAAUAAUAUGGGUUUUCCUUUAGGCUGCUGGACAUUUGUGCAACGGUUUGAGGGAUUUCUUAAGAUAAUAAGGAGAAAACUCAAAUACAUGAGGGAAAAUGUUAAGGAGAAUACUUAGAGGUGUUUGUGUAACUGAUCUUAUGUUAAGGGGGCCUUAAAUCAAAUUUUAAGGGUGCUUUGUUCUAGCAGCUACUUUGCGGGGAAAAUAUCGGGAUAUAUAUCGUAUAUCGAUAUUCAGCCUAAAUAUAUCGGGAUAUGACUUUUGGUCCAUAUCGCCCAGCCCUACUCUGGGAGCACCAUGCACCCUGAAUUAGGUUGCUUCAUCCAUUGCUCAGCAGGAAAGUUUAAAGAGGGGCAGCUGGACUUGCCGAUUACCCAGCCUACUCAUAUUACAUACAGUGUCCUUCAGAUCCUGAACAUAUCCUGGCUUCUAUGACGAGCUUGUGUUGUUUUCCUUUUUUACAUGUGUUCGAAUUUGAAGUAGUAGGUUCUUUUUCAUUUCAAGUCUGAACAGCAUUUUAAUUUGUGAAAUGGUAAAACCCUAUGCACAAAGACAAAGACUGCACUGUUUUGGCGAGAAAUGAAGAGCGAACGAAAAGUCACACACACACAAAAACAUUUUUGUGUCAGUCGUUACACAGGCAUGCACAGGCACAACCUGGACUCCAAGAUGUUUCUUAUGGUUGAUUUUUUUUUUUUUUACAACUGGAUUUGACUCACUUUUGAGUGUGGGAUGGCUAAGGCUAUACAUGUUAGAAUGGUAAGCUAAGGUGUGCCACUUGUAGUAGGCCACUCAGGAAAACUGGAUUAUUGAGAAAGGGCUCUGGUGCAGGAGGUAAUCCAGCGAAAUCCUGUUGAGGAGAUGACCGUGUUGCUGCUUCAAAUGUCUCAGGGCAGGAACACAUUGAACUGUGAGAGUGUUCGUGUGUGUGUGUGUGUGUUUGUGUGUGUGUGUGUGUGUGUGUGUGUGUGUGUGUGUGUGUGUGUGUGUGUGUGUGUGUGUGUGUUUGGGCAUGCAUAUGUGUGCAUUUUGGGGAGUAUGCAAGGGGGCAUAUAUAGGUGUCUGCUUGCACUGUCUUUGCCAUCUGUGUAUGUACACUGAAUAUUUUACUAUUGAUUAAAAUAACCUGUUUUCUGUAAACAUUGUCUUCUAACAAAUAUGGUCUCAUCACAUCUCUCAAUGCUUUAUAAGCAAUGACUGACCAGCACUCAGAGAUGAACACCUAAGACCUCAUUUUUCCAUUUAUUAUUGUCAUGCCCUUGUAUGGAACCUAUACCAUUACGCAUGGUUUUGAUACAGUCUGUGUAGCCUUGCAGUCAUUGGUGUAGUCAUUUAAAUAUAAUCAAACAUAGGAUGAGUAUAUACAUUCACAUGAAUCAUACUUAACAGUCAUGCCGGGCUGGCAUCCAGAUCCAUCCUUCACUGUUGCUUGAAGCCACUGAGUGCCUUUUUUUAUGGUCAUAGUACUUCCAAGCUGUCUCCAGCUAGUACCAUGACAGCCCUCAACACCUUCAUAGGUACAUACCAGGCUUCACAUGUAAUUUGGUACGCCUGUAAAACAGGGAUUUGGUGAAGUCUGUUUUCAUUACUUAUGCUUGUUGUCAUGAAUGACAGCUCGAACAGGCUUGGCAGGGUUGGAUUCUAAGAGAAGCAAUAUCAUUUUAGAAAGGUGUAUGCUUGUAUUCCUUUGCAGUGGUUGGGAAUUAAUUUAUCAACAUAUGCAUCUGAGUUUAGAACAAUUGAGACUUUUUUUUUCUUAAAUGGUGCACUUUGACAAGAGGGGAUAAAUUGCGAGAUAACUAUGUUUUUGUUCGAUAAUUUGAAAAACUAUUAAAUAAUUGUAAACCACCCCAUACCAGCAUUUUACACUCCCCUGAUAUGUUUGUUGUGUUCAUUAUACAAGUUUGCACCAUAUUACAUUUUUUGCCUUCCUGGAAAAAUUUCCAGACAGCUAUGUACUACAAUCUACUCUUUUGUAUGCCCCCUCUGUAUUACAGGACAUUGAACAUUAUAAACUGAUAUUGUAUCAGUUGUUAGUGGUGGGUGGAAUUGCUUUGGUAGGUUUUUAAGAGUAAUUAAUAAAAAGAAAAUUUUCAUUUUUUA